AGACGCAGCGUCCGUUGGCAGACAGUGAUCUUUCGACUCCGUGACAUAAUUCAGCCUGCCGCUCACUUGGGGACACUUGUCUCUCGCGCAUAGGUGCACUACCACACAGAAAGGAUUUUGUUCCUCCGGAAUUUGGAAUUUUAUAAGAGGGUACUGUGAAGAAGUGCCGACUGCUUGUCAAUACCCACCAACAGUGGACUGUAAUACCGAGUUGCCGUUGCACGUGUGGGAGGGAUAUUUCAGACGGACAGAAGAUGCCUGCCGAUAUGAUGGAAAAAAACUCAUCCUCUCCGGUUGCUGCUACCCCAGCCAGCAUGAACACGACACCUGAUAAACCCAAGACGGCUUCCGAGCACAGGAAGGUUAGUAGUCGGUCAAAGCAUUUGACCAAUGCCGAUAUUCUCUCCGUCACUCCAAAAUUACGCACGGGCUGGUAUAGCGAAACAUGAACCAUUCAUCUACCUUGAGCAAGUCCCACCAUUCUAACAAUUUCUUUUAUUUAUUUUCUUUAGUCAUCCAAACCUAUCAUGGAGAAGAGGAGAAGAGCCAGAAUCAACGAAAGCUUGGGACAGUUGAAAACACUUAUCCUGGAUGCGCUCAAAAAAGAUGUAAGUGUUCUGUUAUUACUCUCAUAACAAAUUAAUUAUUACCAUCACAAUAAUAUAUUAACUUUAUUGAAAACAUUAACGCCUAAUGCAAUUUACAUAAGACAAUCUUCAAUCCUAAUAAUGUGUCUCUUCAUAUUACAGAGCUCUAGACACUCAAAACUUGAAAAGGCAGACAUCCUGGAGAUGACGGUGAAACAUCUCCGGAACCUCCAGAGAGCUCAAAUGACUGGUAAGUGGCUGUAGCUGCUCGGUGAAUACCCGGGAUGAUUUCUUCCAGACUUCCGUCUGCGGAUUAGAUAAUGAUAAGAACGCGGUAGUCAGGUUACAGACUUGGCCCACAUCCUCUCUCCCAUAUUGUCUCUGAAUGUAGCAAUUGUAUAGACUACGAUAGCACAGUAAUAGCCAAUUUAGGUGAGCCUUGGAAUGUAUAUUUUUAGUUUGAGCAAUGUUCAUGUUUGGAACUUAAAUUGUCAUCAUUAUACUCGUUACUCUCAGUGGUUUAUAAUGUUCUCUCUUUCUCCCACAGCUGCUUUGAACACUGAUCCCACCGUGCUGGGGAAAUACAGAGCUGGAUUCAGCGAGUGCACGAAUGAAGUCACCCGGUUCCUGUCCACCUGCGAGGGGGUUAACACCGAGGUCAGGACGCGGCUUCUCGGUCACUUGGCCAGCUGCAUGACGCAGAUCAACGCUAUGAACUACCCCACGCAGCACCAGAUCUCAGCCGGGCCUCCCCACCCCUCCUUCGGCCAGUCCAUGGUACAGAUGCCCAACUCUUCUCCCCAAGGCAACGUGAUGCCCCUGCCUUGUAAAGGUGGCUCUCCCCAGAGCAUGUCACCAGAAGCCACUAAAGUAUACGGCGGUUUCCAGCUCGUACCUGCCACAGACGGACAAUUCGCCUUCCUCAUCCCCAACGCAGCUUUUGCUCCCAACGGUCCGGUUAUCCCCGUGUACGCGAACCAGGUCAACACGCCUGUUCCAGCGGCGGUGUCCCCUGGUGCACCAACAGGCAACUCGGACUCAGUGUGGCGACCCUGGUAGAGCAAAAAAAGGACCUAUUGAAUAUAAUUUUCUAAUGACACUUAGUUCGAUCUUUGUUCAAUGUUACAAAACAUUUGUUUGGAUUUUGUUUUUGUACUUUCAAUGCGUUAAGAUGAAAAGAUUAUGCACUAUAUUUGUAUAGCUUAUGAGGGAGUGAAGUUCAUAUUGGAAUGAGAUUUGUAUUGUUGAAGUCUGUUCACUGCAUUUUAUAUUCGAGGUGUCUUUUUUACUGUGUGAUGCCAAAGAUAUGUUGAAUGCCCUUGACGUAAUUCUUCGUUUUGGAAGACAAAUAAAUUUGUAAAGAUAUUGAAAAACAUCUGCUAUGAUUUUCUCUUCAGAAACCUGAUCACCAAAUAAUGGUUUAC